GUUUUUGCUGAUGGGGUCACACUGAUGUGCUCAGUGAGAGACUUUGCUGUUAAAGCUGAUUGUUUAACAGCGAAAUGAUGCUCAACAUUGCUUAAACGGACAUAAAGGGAAGUUUCAAAAGUCAAUAUUACUAAUUAGUGUUGGAUUGGAGUCGAAACGACAGAAAUAUGCAGCUUUGACAAUUCUUCCCACCUGGAAGCUGAUUGGCUUGAACGUCGGCUCAGCGUCUGUCAAGACUAACUAUUGAAGACACAGUGCCUCUUAUUUCUUUCUCAGCCUCCCUGACGGUGCAGCUGUAUAAUUACUGGUGCAGCUCCGAUAUGACUAAGAGAAGCCCAUCUUUUCAGCUGGUCAAAAGGAUGCUGAACCAUCACUGCAGAAGGAACCCUGAGCUUCAUGAGGAGCUGCAGAUCCAGGCUGCAGUGGCAGCUGGGGAUGUCUGCACUGUCAGGAGGAUGCUGGAGCAAGGAUACUCACCCAAGAUUCGCGAUGCCAACGGCUGGACACUGCUCCACUUCUCUGCUGCCAAAGGGAAAGAGAGAUGUGUUCGAGUCUUUCUGGAGCAUGGAGCCGACCCCACUGUGAAGGACUUUAUCGGUGGCUUUACAGCACUUCACUAUGCUGCUAUGCAUGGGAGAGCACGCAUUGCCCGACUGAUGCUGGAAUCCGAGUUUCGCAGUGACAUUAUUAAUGCAAAAAGCAAUGAUGGUUGGACGCCGCUGCACGUGGCCGCUCACUAUGGUCGAGACUCAUUCGUACGCCUCCUCCUCGAGUUCAGGGCCGAGGUGGACCCACUGAGUGACAAAGGUACCACGCCACUACAGUUGGCCAUCAUCCGCGAGCGCUCCAGCUGUGUACGGAUCCUCCUGGACCACAGUGCCAACAUUGACAUUCAGAAUGGCUUCCUGCUGCGGUACGCCGUCAUCAAAGGCAAUCACUCAUACUGCCGCAUGUUCCUGCAGAGGGGAGCAGACACUAAUCUGGGACGUCUUGAAGACGGCCAGACCCCCCUGCACCUGUCAGCCCUCAGGGAUGACGUGUUGUGCGCCCAGAUGCUCUACACGUACGGAGCUAACACCAACACCAGGAACUAUGAGGGCCAGACGCCGGUAGCUGUAUCGGUUAGCAUGUCUGGGAUCAGCCGGCCUUGUCUGGACUUCUUGCAGGAGGUCACAAGACAACCCCGGACUCUACAAGACUUGUGUCGAAUAAAAAUCCGUCACUGCAUUGGCCUUCAAAGCUUGAAGUUCUUGGAGGAGCUACCAAUCGCAAAGGUUAUGAAAGACUAUUUAAAACAUAAGUUUGACAAUGUGUGAAGGCGACCACAGCACAAGAGGAGAGGGUAACUAACAACUCUCUGCUAUCAUUUAUGAAGACUAUGCAAUCACUAAGUCCACAGGUCUGUUCCCUACAUGCCGAAGGAGAGUUAGUCCAGUUUGUUUGUCAAGUUACAGCACUUACUGAAGAGUUCAAACGGAGCCACCUCAUGUGAGUAAAGGUUAUUUAUUUGUGGGAAUAGAAACCUCAUUUGACUGCAGUUAGCUUCUAUUCAUGGUGUUGCUGUGCAUGAUAUUAUCCUUGCUGGCUCAGAUUGUUAUCAAGUGUGUACCUGCCAAUAUAUUUUAAUUUAUUUCCUCCCAUCUAAUUUUACUGAGCUAUAGGAAGUUAAACUUAUUUUAAACAUUUAUUUCUAUCACAAAGUGUUGAGCUACUUGGAUACUGAGCUUUAACAAAAAACCUCUAGAAGGUUCCCUCCCUGAUUUUUGCCUCUGAAUUCACCACCCACAUUUUCAAUUUGUUCAAUGACUCGUCAAGAUGGCACUGAUGUUGUGCCCAUUGACAGCACUUUUCUACAGUUAGAGAAACGGUUGAUUAAUCAGAGCUUUGAAGGUGAGAUGAGCCGUGUGGACGUCGUCUUUCUACGAAGCCAGUUCGCUGUGUUUUACAGAGUAAAGUUUUGCUUUCAACAAAAAGCAGAAAGGAAAAACGUACUAUGGAGUUACACAUGGAUGGGAGAUGUGGACACCAUGAUCUGUUUGACUUAUUGAUUUGUUGACUUAUUGCAAGCCCAAGCUCACUGCAGUCUGUAACAAACAGCCAGCAAAAACAUUCUGACCUGCCAGAAAUCAUCUGAUCCUCCAAGAACCAGAUUGUUGAUCGCUCAGGAUGAAUCAGGCAUCACCACCCCCUCACACAGUCGGUCCACAGCAGUGUAAAGCUUCAUUAUUGGGGCGGGAAACCAGUUUAAAAGUUUGGAAUUAAAGGAGCUAUUUGUAAAUUUUGCUAUUGCUACAAGGCUAACAUUAGCAUUCACAGCUGAUUACUGACCAGUCUAGAUGAAACAUUGAGUUCAGCACAAACUUCAUUCCUUUACUCACCAACAGCUGUCUCCAGAGGUGGAAAGAAAGACCAAUGUUAACGUUUUUUCUUCUACUGAAGUUCGCACGCUAACCAGCUAGCCCGUCUCGUCACUUUACAAUAGACAAGCACUGUAGCCUCCAAUCUGCCCCUGAAGACGCAGUGCUGCUCAGAGGACGUAUUAUAACCUUUUGUGUUAUAAAGACAACGAUGAUCGAAGCUCUCGUCAAGUGACAAUCACCACCACCCGCUACCAGCAAGAAAUCUCAUUCAGAGAAAACUUACAAAUAAAUCCUUUUUAAAUUUGGGCUUAAUCUUUACAGUGUCUGUCCAGCAUAACAUCGCAAUGUCAUGUCAGGCUGACGGAAUGAAUUGAAAUGAAAAGAUAAUUCAGUCUGUUGUCGGGCUAUAAAAUGUCCUCCCGGCUCACUGCUGAUGCUUUGGAACUGAAUUUUAAAAUAUUGACAGUCAGCUGUGGAAUUGUUGAGGUUUAGCUGGAACAAAAUCCAACAUCUAUUAAAAGAUUUUACACAGGAUUAGAUUUACUUCGACACUGCUUGACAUUUGUUUUUUUUUUCUGAUGACUUGCGUGGACACAGGGAAGAAUAUAACAUGCAGUUGAAAUGAUUUUGGAACUUUAGUUUGAUGCUUAGAAACAAUUGGAUGUGACCAGUGCAGCAUCGAAGUCUGCAGUGAUCAACCAUAAGUUGCUUUAUCCAUUUCUGCACUAUAUGUAGUACAUUUAAGUUUGGAGUGAGUGCACUGUGAUGGAAAUCUGUUCUGAAAGCACCACAUUGACUCACUAAAGGUGUGGUUUAAAUAAGAGUAAUAUAGUCUGUUAUGGAUAACACUGACACACAAUCGCUAGAAGCUACAGUCAAUGUAAAUAUGUUACAUGUACAACAGAUAUUUUUGUAGAAUUUAUUUAAGCAAUGAUCUCUGGUAUUGUUAAUGUAUUUAAAGUUUGGAUAUAAUAUUAUGAUCUGUUUGGUGUGACGCAAAUAUUUCCUUUUUUUGUGUGUGUCUGAGUUCAAAUACUCUGUUGUACAGGAAUCAUUUGGAAUCAAGUGUUUUCUUUUAUUCCUAUGGCAGAAAUGUUGGGUGCUUUCUUAAAAUUCAUCAUCUGCAUUUGCAGGUAACUCUGUUGUGGAGAUUAAACUGUGAAUUUUUAAUUUUGACAAUUAAAAAUAAAAUGUAGGGGUCUAAAUAAUACCCAUGCAACAAGAAUUUUUUUCUUUGUCUCUGCAUGUGUUUAAAUUGCAUAGUGAACUUCUGUGGCAUCUUGAAGUUGCUUUUCCUAAAAUGAUGUUCUCACAAAUCCAUUCUAACAGUGUUCACCUGCAUUCAGUGUCAUCCUCAUGUUUCAUUUUUUGUUUAUCUGCAGCUUUUUAUCAGGACAUCUUGUUCUUUUGCAGAUUAUGUGCCCCAUGCAGUUGAACCGCGACAGAAAUCUUUCUCCUGUUACAAAAAAAAUAAUUUGACUGGGUUAACACAGGAAAAUGUAAAGUGAGUGUGGAGGUCAGGGGAGUUGCAUGGAAUAGAUUUCUUUACAAAAAACUAAGAUCACAAUCAUAAAGAUACUCGUGUUUCACGGGAUCAAACUCGACCCGUCCCGUUUUAACGGCUGCUCCGAAUGCAGCCCUCUCUUCACUUCAUGUGAAGGACGCCGCCCGCUGCACUGGGCCCUGACUCAAGUAGACAGUUAAAUUUGGUUAAAUCUUGGGUCAUUAAAGAUGCCCUGUGGAAUUUCCAGUGUUUACAUUCAGUAUUACUCACUGAUACACAUUGUGUGCAUCUAAACUGAUCCAACAAACUUCUUCUACAGAAUCAUUUCCAAAGCUGAAAAACUUUGAGUACUCUUCUUGUUUGCAUUGCUGUGUUUAUUGAGCAGUACUGCCACCUGUCAGUCAGUGGGAUGGUGCAAAGCAACUGGCUGGAGUGUUUAUUGUCUGUGCGUCCUCAUGCACAUUAACAAGACGGACAAAAUGGGCACCUGCUCAUUUAAAAAAAAAAAAAAAAAAAACUUGCAUAGCGCAACUAGAGGUCAAAAACUCCACAGGACACCUUUAAUCCAACAGUGGCCCUGCGUCAGAUGUUUAAUGACGGCAGAUUUUUCUCACAAGGUGGCUGCAGCUUUGACGUACCAACCAAUCAAAAUACAGUGUGAAAUGACACAGAAUACACUGUCCAAUACAGCAUUGCAAGUGCCCAUAAAAUACACAGAUAUAGCACAUUAGGAAUGAUGUGUCUGUUAGGUGCCACUUUUUUAAUUACCAUUUCUUUUUAAUUCUUGCUGCAUUUUGAAAAUAUGAUUUUUAUUAUUUUAUAUCUCACUGUCUGACAGAUUGCAACUAAGUUGGUCGUCAGUUUUCAGCAGUUUGAAUGCGAUAUUAAAUUGUCACUACAGAUCUGGAAGGCUCCACAUCAGUUUACUUCUGGUAUGUUCCACCUUGAGAAUAAUCUGAUGAGGAUCAUCUGUCCUUUGCGAGGUUCAGCCCAGGGUCUACAGUCUGCUGUGUUCUCUAAAAGACGCUCAGAUGGAAGUGUAGAAAACCAGGAGUGUGAUUUUUGUCUCGUUUAAGAUGCGAGUUUAGAUAUUUUUCCUGGGUUUUGAUGUUGGCCCAGACCUAGUUUUACUAAUGCCUUUAAUCCAUCUGAUUUGACCAUUACUGCUGAUUCGUUUGAUGAUAUAUGAAUCCUAAGAUUCCUAAUGCAGCCCCCCCCUCCCUUUGACUCACUCAUCAUUUUGAGGAAUAUUUUCAGAUCCGAGUGAAAAUAAACACUGGAGUCCGUUCAGUGUUGUUGUCGUGCCAGAAUAUUCUCCACCACAUCUCAGUUCUGUUUCAUGUCUCACACUGUCCGUCUCUCUGUACUUGGGUCUAGUUUUGAUAAGAUGCCAUUUUGCAGCAGCAGCAGUUUUUGUAUUGUGUGUGUGAAUGAGUCUGUCAUACAUCGACUGCCUUCUCCAACUGGUUCCUCAGCAGACUUUGGUCGUCACAGUCAGGGAAACACUUCAUACAUCGUCUUAUGUGGCUAUCAAAAGUCUUCCACACCAUUAACUACUGAAUGUACAGAAUAUGCAGAUUUUCAAAUGUAAGAAAAACAAGAUGUGUGAAUAAACUAAAGUUAAUGUUUC